AUGAGCGUGCGCAUGUCGCGGAAGAUCCUCGCUGAGGGCGAGCGAACGCGAGGCGGGAGAAAGAAGGACAUCUUCUGCCCCCACAAGAACUUGGGUACCAUUGACAAGCUGGCCGCUUACCCUGAUCUGGAGCGCCUCAUUCUCCGCGACAACCUCAUCCGACACGUGCCCUCCCUCCCCUGUGCAAACCUGUGGUACAUUGACCUUAGCAACAACCAACUGCAAGAUGUGGACGGGCUCGCUGCGUACGGGUGCUUGGGAUAUGUGGUGCUGCCCGGCAACCAGUUGACGUUUGAUAGCCUGGCAAAGCUGCAUGAUGUGCAGAUCAUGUCUGCCAUGUUCUAUGGCAACCCCGUGGAAAGCGAUCCCCUCUACCGGGAGCGCGUGGCCGCGUUUCUGCCGCAUCUGUGGAUGCUUGACGGACGCCUCAUUACUUCCGUCGACCGCCAGCGCGCACUCCAUCGCGUGCCGACACCGACAACAGCACUGCAGCAGCGGCGACAGCGACUCCAGGGCGCAAAGGCAGUGCACCUGCUUGGGCAGCUGCCUGUGAGCGGUUUCCACACACGUGAUAUUGACCAGCGGCGGCUGCGGCUGAUGGCUGAGGACCUGCAUGACAUGAUGGUGAGCUUUGUGGUGCAGCGGUUGCUUGAUGACUGCCCGUACGAUCACCUCAUCCUCCUUACGUUAAUCCUCGUGGGCACAUUUGACUACGCGUUACCAGCAAGUCUCGUGCACGCCGUUCUCAAGCGCGCUGGACUGGAGACAAUCAGUGGCAUUCCCGUGAUGGCCGUCUUCUUCGCGCCCCCGCGUGUUCGCUGCUUUAUCAACUGCAUCUUCACGGCUGCAUGCAAGCUCAUGGAGAAGCACACCUGCGCUGCCCUACGCACGUUUGGGGUUCAAGUGAACACACAGUUUGUGAAUUGUCUCGAGCAAACGGCGCAGCUCCAACUCCGUCAUACGUUUUGCCCUUCAAGGGCGCUUCCGUUGCGAAAUAUUGAGUCGCAUCGGCGCAAGUCAAGUUUAAGGGUGUCGCACCGCACCCGCGUGGUUGAUUUUGGCAACAUGAUUCCCGUUGCAUUGGCAAGUUUGGUCUGUCGCACCCAAGAACUCAUGGACUUGCUGCAUGAGGAUCUCGACGGUGAAACCGAUGUGGUUGGUUUGCUGUCUGCAGCAAUGCCAUCACGUCAUGACGCAAUCGAGGCUGCCCGAUCCCUUCUUCACUCACAUCACGACAGCUUCAACACCGAACAAGAGGCUGAGCUGCACCCUGCGCUUGUGUUUCUUCGCGACUGCAUUGAGUACGUGCCCACAACGCCAAAAACAAAGCCCAACCAAUACUCCCGCACACAGCAACAGCAGCAACAACACCACCAGCAGCCACCGGAAUCACAGUCACACCCUGUUUCCCCAAGACAACAGCAGCAUGAUCAGGAGAACCACAGAGCGCACCGCAUUCCGUCACAUCGCGAGGAAUGGCUAGGUGUGGCCUCGGCUGGGCCGAGCGCGCCAUCAUCGCCGCAGCGCGUGCACAACCAGCCGCCAUCGCCAUCGCCAUCGCCAACAACAACACCAACACCAGCACAUCACUCUCAUUAUCAUCAUCAUCAUCAUCAUCAUGAGCAGCAGCAACAGACUCGGUAUUCGAGGGGCGAUAUGCAGCAGCAGCGGCGUUCGAGUCAUGCGGACCGAGGUCAUGACUCACAGACAUACACGCGGCCGGCGUUUGAUAUUGGCGAAACUGUUCGCGUGAAGGGAAAGUUGGCCACUGUAAUCACCGCCCUUUCUGAUGCCGAUGCGGACUAUGUGUGCAUUCAAUACAACGACACGGGCCAGGACGACAUUGUAAAGGCGGCGGACGUGAAGCGAACGGCCACCAGUGGUGCACGCGUGUCCAUGCUCUCGUCGACGCUUUCUGGAACGACAUCACGGCCAACAACGGCACCCGAUCACUCUCUUCCACCGGGACAGCUCUCCAACAUCAUGUUCACGUUUGACAUCACAGCGGGACGGAAGAAGCUGCACCGGCAGCGCAGCAACAGCGUGAGCAGCGCAGCAAGUGGUGGGUGCCGCCAGUCGGGAAGUGACAUUGAUGAUGACUACAAUGAUGACGAUGAUGACGAUGAUGAUGACGACAUGUUGCCCAGAGAGGAUCCGUUUGACAUUGCACGCGCACUUCACCGCCCAAUGUCGCAUACCUCCACUGCAUCGCUUGCGUCUGGCAGUCGGCCUGGGAGCCAUCGAGCGGCCCAAGGGCCUCGCACUGCCAGCGCUCGCUCCAUCGCCGACAAGACCGGGUUGUCGCACGCCUGCAUGCAAGAUGUCGAAGGCCAUGAUGCGAGGAGUGCCAAUGCGCACAGAACUGCAGCAGCCACGAAAUCCCCGUCAUCGCCCAAUCGCCAGCAGUCAUCCCGUUUGCGACCACUGAUGCUUGGAGCAGAUGACAACGAAGGGCGCACCGGACUGCACGUCCGCCCCUCCUCCUCUUACUCGCCUGGCGCCAGCAAUGCACGUGCACGUGCACGUAGUGGUGGCGAUGGCUUCAUCGACGUCGUUGUCCCGUGCCCAGCCGUUGUGGAAACGCCGCCGGUCUCCAGACCAACCUCGAGCCAUGUGGGGGCGAUGAAGUCGUCGUCGUUGUCGUCGUUGUCGUGGUCGAAUACUGGCAACGAAAACGGCACCACACACGCUAAUCACGCAGACACGCUGCAACUCGUGCAAGAAGAGAAAGACCAGGAGCGGGACGCGUCUGCUGUUGCUUUCCAACAACAACAACAACAACAACAACAACAACAACAACAACAACAACAACAACAACAACAACAACAACAGCAGCAGCAGCAGCAGCAGCAGCAGCAGCAGCAGCAGCAGCACCGCCGUGUGCUUACCCUCGCUGAACGUGUACCAUCGCCGUCGGCAUCCCGCCCUCCGAGUUCGGUUCGACUGCUCAGUUCAUCUGGUCGCCGCCCAUCGUCUGUUCUCUCCCGCAGCGUGCUCAGCGGGCCGAGCCGUCCGACCUCGUACUCGUCACCGUCGUCGCCAUCAUCGCCAUCGUCGCUGCCGUCGCCAACAUCGUCCAUGAGUGCGCUGCUGCGUACCCGCUCACACCAGCUCCAGCGCCGCCGCUCGCGCCCCGCUGGCAUCGCCCCUCCUGCAUCUUCAGCGGCCGGCGCACAGAGCCACUUCCCAGAGAUUUCCCCAGCACCGUGGCUCAACGCUGUGCUGAUGCAACAUGGCCCUGUGCGGCGCAUCGCAUCUGCUCCGCCCGCGCAGCCCCCACCGCCUGCUCGCAUGCACGUGUCGCGUGUGCAGCACCGCCCACAGCCUCGCUUCAACCACCAUCGUCACCAUCGUCCAACCACAACGCCAAACACGUCGUCACCGUCAUACAGCGAACGCGAGCGCCGGCGUGGGCCGGUCCGCUCGCAGUCGGCGGCACCACCAGCAAAACACCGGCAGCAGCAACAGCAACAGCACCGCACCCAGUACAACAGCCAGCGCUAUGGUUCCAGGUCUCCUGGACCAAGCCGGCGGUCACACCCACGCGAUUACAACAAUGGCGCGCGCAGACCGAACGCGGUGUUGUCGACGUCGUUGCCUGUGUCUGCACAUGAGCAGGUGCGGCGACAAUGGGGCAUCACACGCAGUGGCAGCAGCAGCAGCAACAUCGGGAGUGGCCGUGGUCACGGCGGCGGUGGUGGAGGGCUGCACCUCGUUGGUUCUGGUUUGUCUUGAAGCCGAAAGGAGAACGUGGAACGAACUGGAGUUGGCAUGGCAUGCAUGAUAACUGCGUGUCAAGCGAUAUUAUUCGCUGGGAACAGCUCUGUUUGACUUGCUGUUUUGUUCAUGCGUAUUGCAUGUGAUAGUGUGACCCCUGUGCAAUGGAUUCUGAUUUUUUUUUUUUUUUUGGGUUGGGGGUGGGGGUGGGGACAAAGUGUGAU